AUAUCGUUAGUCUGCCCGUAUCGUCUCUAACGACUCGUCAGUUCUGUUUUGUUUUGUUCCGUGUGAGGUCAAGCAGGAUAACAUACGACGCUACAUUCUUCCUCGUGGGCAACGUUAUUAGUUGUGAAUCUAUUUAUAUUAGACUUUGUUUCUGGCCAUAUCUCGCUCGUUGUGGGAAGGUAUUAAUUAAAAGAAGAAGAAACGCUACAUUCUCGGCAGCAUUUUAUCUCGUGAUUUUAGUAGGCAACUUACUUGCAAUUACCCGUGAAACGAAUAAAGUGAAACAAAUAAAAUUGAGGUGUCAUUGAAAAUGGCGGAUAACGAUCUCAGUUCAUUCCCUGAGCCUUUGCUACAAAGCACUUAUUAUAAUCCAUCAAAUGGAAUGAGUUUUAUUUUUGAAUAUAAAAAUCAAAGGCAUUGGGUAAAAGUUCUUUAUCCAUAUACUUAUGAAAUGUUUGAGGCAAAAGCAAAAGAAAUAUUUUCGAAUUUAAAGAAUAAUGAAUUUAAAUUCUACGAUGAAAAGAAAGCUUUACUAACAGGUGAAUUUUUAAUUGAACACAUUCAGUUUUCCGGAAGAGGUGCUAUUAUUAUAAUUGAAGUAGAUGAACCAGUUGUACAAGAUUUAGAUUAUUCAACAACCCCAAUACCAAGUUCUUCCUCUAAUUUAACUAUCGAUACUUCUGAAGAAGAUGAAGCGCCAGGACCUGUUCAGCAAAAUAUAUAUAAUUUAUCAUUUUUACAUCAACAAGAAAUCAAUGAAAGAAGAAAUUAUUACAAAAGAAAUCAUCAGAAAAGUUAUUUUAGAGAAUCCGUGUGGAAAAGACAUUUUUGAAGAAUAUAAUACGAAGGGAUUUUUAAGUGAGACAAGUAGAAGACGGAUAAUUAACAUAGUGGUUACUCAAAUGCUUACUUUGAAACAAAAAUUAAAGUGUCCAUUAACUUCAUUAGAUAAAUGUCAGUUUGCCAAAAUUAUAGUAGAAAUUUUCCCAAAAUUACGAGAUCCGGAAACUGCAUUAGGCUAUGUAAAUACAAAGCACAUUUUUUAAACAGUAUUGA